AGCUGAUUGGUCAAUUCCUGUCACGUUGUUUGACAAGAAAAAUACUGGUACUAGCUUCCGAUUGUGUUGACCGGAGCUGUCCGAUCAUUUCUGUAAUCUGGACAUCGCAGACAUGGCAAACGUAGCCGAAGAACGAUCCGAAAGAUCUGAUGGGAAGAUUGUAAAGAUGGAGAUCGACUACAGCUCAACUGUAGACCAACGUCUCCCGGAAUGCGAGAAAAUGGCUAAAGAUGGCAAGCUGCAAGAGGCAGUUGAGAGCUUGUUGUCAUUGGAGAAGCAAACUAGAACGGCUUCUGACAUGGUGUCCACGUCCAGAAUCCUUGUCGCUGUGGUCCAGAUGUGUUAUGCAGCAAAAGACUGGGAUGCCCUGAAUGAAAACAUUAUGCUACUUUCCAAAAGGAGGAGUCAGCUGAAACAGGCUGUUGCAAAAAUGGUGCAAGAAUGUUACAAGUAUGUUGAUUCUGUGACUGAUUUAACUAUCAAGCUGCGGCUCAUUGACACACUUCGCACGGUGACUGCUGGAAAGAUCUAUGUCGAGAUUGAGCGUGCCAGGCUCACAAAGACCCUGGCUAAUAUCAAAGAACAAAGUGGAGAUGUAAAAGAGGCAGCUUCCAUUCUUCAAGAGCUACAGGUGGAGACUUAUGGCUCAAUGGAGAAAAAAGAAAAGGUGGAGUUCAUAUUGGAACAGAUGAGGCUUUGCGUUGCUGUCAAGGAUUACAUUCGCACACAGAUCAUUAGCAAGAAGAUAAACACCAAAUUCUUUCAAGAGGAGGGCAGUGAGGAACUGAAGCUGAAGUACUACAACCUAAUGAUUCAGGUGGAUCAGCAUGAGGGUUCCUACCUGUCUAUCUGUAAACACUAUCGGGCCAUUUAUGACACUCCAUGCAUCUUAGAAGACAGCAGCAAGUGGCAACGGGCCCUGAAGAGUGUUGUGUUGUAUGUGAUUCUUGCCCCAUACGAUAAUGAACAGUCUGACCUCGUACACAGAAUCAGUGCAGAUAAAAAAUUGGAAGAGAUUCCCAAAUACAAGGACCUCCUAAAGCAAUUCACCACCAUGGAGCUUAUGCGCUGGGCUGCCCUGGUUGAGGUUUAUGGGAAGGAGCUGCGAGAGGGCUCACCCGGGAGCCCCGCUACAGAUAUUUUCUUGUACUCUGAGGAGGGGGAGAAGCGGUGGAAGGAUCUGAAGAAUAGGGUGGUGGAACAUAACAUUAGAAUAAUGGCCAAAUAUUACACCAGAAUAACAAUGAAGAGGAUGGCUGGGCUCCUUGACCUCUCCGUUGAUGAAUCUGAGGAGUUUCUCUCCAGUCUCGUUGUGAACAAGACCAUUUACGCCAAGGUGGACCGUCUGGCCGGAAUCAUCAACUUCCAAAGGCCCAAAGAUCCAAACGAUCUACUCAACGACUGGUCACACAAACUCAACUCCCUCAUGUCGUUGGUCAACAAGACUACACAUCUCAUUGCCAAGGAGGAAAUGAUCCACAACCUGCAGUGACACAACAUUGCAGUCGCCCCCACGCCCACUUCUGUUGGAUAGUUUUUGAAUAUACAAGAUUUUUGGCCGACAAAAGAUCUGGAGUACUGUAGCAACAGUAAGACAACUGUUGUUGUUUUGCCCAUUAAAAUCUGAUAACAGGACUGUUGCAUACUCCUGUCACACCUGAUUCAUGGCAUGUUAGAGCUGACGGUUUACUUGUUGAAAAAAAUAUAAUCCCUCCCCAAAAUAAACUCCCAUUUGUGUAAUAAA